CGGUCCUUGUUUGACAAGCGAGGAAAACGGUGGAAAGGAAAGUCCGACGGUUUGUAUAGUCAGAGACAUAUAGCAGUUUUAUAUCUGCCUUCAGACACUCAUUUGCGUGGGCUUCAAGAAAAGCAAUCAUGGCUGAUGCUGCACAGAUUAAGAAAACCGCAGCUAAGGUGCUCUGCUGUGUGGAAAAGGUCUCCUCCUUCGCCUCUUCUAUCGACCCUCUCUUUGGGAUUGUCUCCUCUCUGGUUGGGGUAGCUCGCAAGGGCCUCUUGGAUGAAGAAGGCCACCCUCUGGAUAAAGACUUCCAGGAAAUUAACACCAAACUGGAGAGCAUCUCAAAAAAGAACCACCAGUGCCUGAAACAGAUCCGCAUUGAUGAAGUGAAUGAAACCUUUGGCAAGUAUGAAGAGUUCAUCAAGCACCAGUAUUCUGCCUUCACUAACAUGGUAGUGCAGAUUAAGAAAGAUCCAGACAACGCUGAGCGCUAUAUGGAUAACUUUAAAAAUAUUUAUGAGAGAGACAAGAGUGACGUGAGUUUGGAUGUGUACUACCGAGGUGUGAUGGGUACCAGCACACUGUUUGGAAGGUCGCUGCUGAAGGUCUACAUGGACCACUGUAAUGGUGACCAAGAGAUUAUGGAGCACCGAUGUUCACACAUCACUCACUUGUUCCACAUGGGCCUCAUCACACUCAUGGGUUACAGAGCGGUAACAGAGGAUGAUGAAGAUGAGGUUCGUGAGAAAUGGUCCAAAAGGGUAGCGGACAUCCAGAAGAAAAUGCAGGAGGCUCUCAGUCAGUGCAAGAAUGGGACAGCCUCUGAAAUACUGCCUACCAAUGGGAUGUCAUCUAAAACAUCGCCCACCAAUGGGAUGUCAUCUGAAAAGCCGCUCACCAGUGAGAAAGCAUCUGAAAAGCCGCUCACCAGUGAGAAAGCAUCUGAAAAGCCGCUCACCAGUGAGAAAGCAUCUGAAACAUCGCCCACCAGUGGAGUGUUGUCUGAAUCGCCGCCCACCAGUGGAGUGUUGUCUGAAUCGCCGCCCACCAGUGGAGUGUUGUCUGAAUCGCCGCCCACCAGUGGAGUGUUGUCUGAAUCGCCGCCCACCAGUGGAGUGUUGUCUGAAACGCCGCCCACCAGUGGAGUGUUGUCUGAAACACAGCCUAUCAGUGGGAAGUCCUCUGGAACAAAACCCAAAAGUAGGAAGCUUUUUCAGCCUUUCAGUGGGAAGUUCUUUGCAAAAUCACCCUUCAGUGGGAAGUCCUCAUGAACAUGGACCAAGAGAGUAAAAGUCCUGUGAGUUUGGUGGCAGCGACAUCUGUACUUAUAGCUGUGGCCCAAAUAAACCCUGUUGGAAUCAGGUCCAUUCCAUCCAAAUCCAAGUCUGGAACUUCCAAGUCCAAGUUCUCAUGAUCCAAGUCUGAGUUUGAAUCCUUGCCAUUCAAGUCCAAGUUUGAGUGCCAAAUAAAACCAUCUAAAAUUAUUAACAAGGAAAGACAAACACAAAGUUACAGUAUUUUAAAUUGAUAUAUUGCCUGAAUUAUUGUUUAUCGAAAAGAGAAAGUUGAAUGUGGACUCAGAUGAUAAAGACUUGGACUUGGCUUGUGAGAACUUCAACUUUGAUGAAGUGGACUUGCCAAAAACACAAUAAAUAAAUAAAAUGUCAGCCUAUAUAUGUAAU